AUGAUCAGGGCUCGCGUAUAUCAUGGAAAUAAACCGAAUACUUUGAGUGUGCACGAGCGACGUUUGAAGAAGUUGAAUAUGCUGUGUCUCACAUCUCUUACCGCAUCUCACUUAAGAAAGGGGCGGUUUUUCAACAUCUUUUGUAAUGCCAGUUUAUUCAUAGUAAACAUCCAUGAUGCAUAUGAGCAAACUUGCUCCACUUUCGAACCUGAGGAAAUAGCUAGCUCUAAUGUUGACGGAUCUUUCGGGAAAAAUGAUCUGCUUUUCACUGAGAGCAAUUUUAGAACUCCAGUGGAGUACUCAGAUGCACUUGACAAUCAAGAAUUUGAUCAAGACGGUGAUGGUUAUAUCUCUGCUGAGGAACUUCAAGUGCUAAUGACCAGUUUUGGCGAAGCAUUGACGCACGAUGAUAUCAUGGAGAUGAUUCAUGAGGCCGACAAAGAUGGGGACGGGAAAGUAAAUUUUGAAGGUAGGUGGUGUUGUAUUUUCUCGCAAUGGAUUUGUUCCCGUGUCUCAACGGAGAAAUAA